UACCAAGGACUCCACCACCCCCUCCCCCGCUGAUGGAGUCCGAGAUGCUGCAGUCGCCCCUUUUGGGACUCGGGGAGGAAGAUGAGGCCGACCUUACCGACUGGAAUCUGCCUUUGGCUUUUAUGAAAAAAAGACAUUGUGAGAAAAUCGAGGGCUCCAAAUCCCUAGCUCAGAGCUGGAGGAUGAAGGAUCGGAUGAAGACAGUCAGUGUGGCCUUAGUUCUGUGCCUGAAUGUUGGUGUGGAUCCCCCAGAUGUUGUGAAGACCACACCCUGUGCACGGUUGGAAUGUUGGAUUGAUCCUCUGUCAAUGGGUCCUCAGAAAGCCCUGGAAACCAUUGGUGCAAAUUUACAGAAGCAAUACGAGAACUGGCAGCCAAGGGCCCGGUAUAAGCAGAGCCUGGACCCCACUGUCGAUGAAGUCAAGAAACUCUGCACAUCACUACGUCGCAACGCCAAGGAGGAACGCGUCCUUUUCCACUACAAUGGCCAUGGGGUGCCCAGACCCACAGUGAAUGGUGAGGUCUGGGUUUUCAACAAGAACUAUACACAGUAUAUCCCUCUGUCCAUCUAUGACCUACAGACAUGGAUGGGCAGCCCAUCCAUCUUCGUCUAUGACUGCUCCAAUGCUGGCCUGAUCGUCAAGUCCUUCAAGCAGUUUGCUUUGCAGAGGGAACAAGAGCUGGAGGUUGCAGCAAUCAACCCAAACCACCCACUUGCCCAGAUGCCCUUGCCCCCAUCGAUGAAGAACUGCAUCCAGCUGGCGGCCUGCGAGGCCAACGAGCUCCUGCCCAUGAUCCCUGACCUCCCAGCUGACCUGUUCACAUCCUGUCUCACCACCCCCAUCAAGAUUGCCCUGCGGUGGUUUUGCAUGCAGAAAUGUGUUAGUCUGGUGCCUGGAGUUACGCUGGAUUUGAUAGAAAAGAUUCCUGGCCGGCUGAAUGACCGGAGGACUCCUCUGGGUGAGCUGAACUGGAUCUUCACAGCAAUCACAGAUACCAUCGCAUGGAACGUGCUUCCCCGGGAUCUUUUCCAAAAGCUCUUCAGACAAGACCUGCUGGUGGCGAGUCUAUUUCGAAAUUUUUUACUGGCAGAAAGGAUCAUGAGAUCAUACAACUGCACCCCUGUCAGCAGCCCCCGACUCCCACCAACUUACAUGCAUGCAAUGUGGCAGGCCUGGGACCUUGCUGUGGACAUUUGUCUCUCUCAGCUGCCAACAAUCAUCGAAGAAGGCACUGCCUUUAGGCACAGCCCAUUCUUUGCAGAGCAACUAACCGCAUUCCAGGUAUGGCUCACAAUGGGUGUGGAGAACAGGAGCCCCCCUGAGCAGCUGCCCAUCGUUCUGCAGGUACUGCUAAGCCAAGUGCACCGGCUGAGAGCCUUGGACUUGCUGGGAAGGUUUCUGGACUUGGGUCCCUGGGCAGUAAGCCUGGCCCUAUCUGUGGGCAUCUUCCCCUAUGUGUUGAAGCUGCUCCAGAGCUCAGCCCGAGAGCUGCGGCCACUCCUCGUCUUCAUCUGGGCCAAGAUCCUGGCAGUGGAUAGCUCAUGCCAAGCUGACCUCGUGAAGGACAACGGUCACAAGUACUUCCUCUCCGUCUUAGCAGACCCAUACAUGCCAGCUGAACACAGAACCAUGACAGCUUUUAUUCUCGCUGUGAUUGUCAACAGCUAUACCACUGGGCAGGAAGCCUGCCUCCAAGGGAACCUGAUCGCCAUCUGCUUGGAGCAGCUCAGCGACCCGCACCCCCUGCUGCGCCAGUGGGUAGCCAUCUGUCUGGGAAGGAUCUGGCAGAACUUCGACUCAGCACGAUGGUGCGGGGUAAGGGACAGCGCCCACGAAAAGCUCUACAGCCUCCUCUCCGACCCUAUCCCUGAGGUCCGCUGUGCAGCCGUCUUUGCACUGGGCACCUUUGUGGGCAACUCUGCUGAAAGAACAGACCACUCCACCACCAUCGACCACAAUGUAGCCAUGAUGCUGGCCCAGCUGAUCAAUGAUGGGAGCCCCAUGGUCCGGAAGGAGCUAGUAGUGGCACUGAGUCAUCUGGUAGUUCAGUAUGAGAGCAAUUUCUGCACAGUGGCUCUACAAUUCAUGGAAGAGGAAAAGAACUACCCCUUGCCUUCUCCAGCAGCCACAGAGGGAGGGAGUUUGACCCCAGUGCGAGACAGUCCAUGUACCCCCAAACUUCGUUCUGUGAGCUCCUAUGGAAACAUCCGAGCUGUCACUACUGCGAGGAGCCUCAACAAGUCUCUGCAAAAUCUGAGUUUGACAGAAGAAUCAGGUGCUGCAGUGGCCUUCUCCCCUGGGAACCUCAGCACUAGCAGCAGUGCCAGCAGCACCCUGGGCAGCCCAGAGAAUGAGGAGUACAUCCUGUCCUUUGAGACCAUUGACAAGAUGCGCCGUGUGAGCUCCUACUCUGCACUCAACUCCCUCAUAGGAGUUUCUUUUAAUAGUGUUUAUACCCAAAUUUGGAGAGUUUUAUUGCAUCUGGCUGCUGACCCGUAUCCAGAUGUUUCUGAUUUGGCCAUGAAAGUACUCAACAGCAUUGCCUACAAGGCUACAGUGAAUGCCCGGCCUCAGCGCAUCCUCGAUACCUCCUCUCUGACACAGUCAGCCCCAGCAAGCCCAACCAACAAGGGCAUGCACAUCCACCAGGUGGGAGGUUCCCCACCAGCAUCCAGCACCAGCAGCUGCAGUCUGACCAAUGAUGUGGCAAAGCAGCCAGUCAGCCGUGACCUGCCUCCUGGCCGCCAGGGCACCACAGGCCCCACAGGAGCACAGUAUACCCCUCACUCCCACCAGUUCCCCCGGACGCGGAAGAUGUUCGACAAAGGCCCAGAUCAGACUACGGAUGAUGCAGACGAUGCUGCUGGACACAAAAGCUUCAUCUGCGCCACAAUGCAGACAGGGUUCUGUGACUGGAGCGCCCGGUACUUUGCCCAGCCUGUCAUGAAGAUCCCUGAAGAACACGAUCUGGAGAGCCAGAUCAGAAAGGAGCGAGAGUGGCGGUUCCUGCGAAAUACGCGUGUUCGGAGACAGGCACAGCAGGUCAUCCAGAAAGGCAUUACCAGGCUGGAUGACCAGAUAUUCCUGAACAGGAACCCUGGUGUCCCCUCCGUGGUCAAAUUCCACCCGUUCACUCCAUGUGUGGCUGUGGCAGACAAGGACAGCAUCUGUUUUUGGGACUGGGAGAAAGGGGAAAAGCUGGAUUACUUCCACAACGGAAACCCACGGUACACCAGGGUCACUGCCAUGGAGUACCUGAAUGGCCAGGACUGUUCCCUGCUGCUCACAGCCACAGAUGAUGGUGCCAUCAGAGUCUGGAAGAAUUUUGCUGACUUGGAAAAGAACCCAGAGAUGGUAACUGCCUGGCAGGGCCUCUCAGACAUGCUGCCAACAACACGAGGAGCCGGGAUGGUGGUAGACUGGGAACAAGAAACUGGCCUGCUUAUGAGUUCAGGGGAUGUGCGGAUCGUCCGGAUCUGGGACACAGACCGUGAGACAAAGGUGCAGGACAUCCCCACUGGUGCUGACAGCUGCGUGACAAGUUUGUCCUGUGAUUCCCACCGCUCACUCAUUGUGGCUGGCCUCGGUGAUGGCUCUAUCCGUGUCUAUGAUAGGAGGAUGGCGCUUAGUGAAUGCCGCAUCAUGACCUACCGGGAGCACACAGCAUGGGUGGUGAAGGCCUACCUACAGAAGCACCCUGAGGGCCACAUCGUGAGUGUGAGCGUCAAUGGAGAUGUUCGCUUCUUCGAUCCCCGGAUGCCUGAGUCUGUGAAUGUGCUACAGAUCGUAAAGGGGCUGACGGCCCUGGAUAUACACCCCCAGGCAAACUUGAUUGCAUGUGGCUCCAUGAACCAGUUCACUGCCAUCUACAACGGAAAUGGCGAGCUGAUCAACAACAUCAAGUACUAUGACGGGUUCAUGGGCCAGCGUGUCGGAGCCAUCAGCUGCUUGGCCUUCCACCCACACUGGCCUCAUCUGGCCGUGGGAAGCAAUGACUACUACAUCUCUGUGUACUCGGUGGAGAAGCGAGUCAGAUAGCAGCACCAGGGCUCCCGCCAGGCCGAGGCCACUGUGUACAUAAUGAAUCCACUCACUCCAGGUGUAGCGCCCCACCACCAACACUGGCCCUGACUCAGCUGCUGCCAAUUGAGGAAGGACCUUGUGCUUUCUUUCUGUCUUCCCUGUAAUAUCCAGAAAGUCCAGGGCAGGGAUGGCCUUGGCUUGACGUUGCUUCUUGCCUUGAACCAGCACCCAGGCACUUGGGAUUCAUAGCGUGUCACAGCACAUCAUGGUCUCUUCCAGGCCUGUUUUUCUUCUGAGGUUUUCCAAGGGAGAAAUAUUUGUUUUAUUUUCCAUGUGACCAGAGCAUUAGCUACAAAAAAGAUGGACCGUUGGUGGAAAAGCCUUCUUAGGGCCUACAGUAACCACACCACUCUAGCCAACCUGGCCCACAGUCCUCUCAAAGUGUAAGCCCAGAACUACUCAGAGCAGGCUGGAUGCUGCUGGAGAUUCACAAGGAGGGAAAGACAGAGGGGCCACAGCCAGCAAGUGGAAGGAAGCAGUCCACUUGGACCUCUGGGGCUGCUCAGCCCAGCAGCCUCCCUGUCACUGGCUAUGUCUCGGGAAUGAGGAAAAGCCCCAGAAGAGCCAGACCUCUGGCUCAGCUCCCAGACUGGACCGCUCCAUGCAGAGCCACUCGCAGGACAGGACUCUGUGUGGCUGGACAGGUGAGGUGGUUCCUGGCAGCUGUGGCUCUGCCCCAGUUCACCAGGGCACAGUAGUGCUGCUGCUCCCAAGAGCAGUUAUCACAUCCCAGGACCUUCCCUCUACCUGUGCCUGCACACAGCACACUCAUCACCCACACAGAUGCAGAGGCACUGUGGGACCCCAGGUCUGCGGAUAGAGUGACAGCCCCCACAUUCGUAUGACCAAGGCUUUCCUCCUGCAGACUGCGAUGCAGAAGUUCCUUGGUGGCUCCUUGCAUGUCUGGCACAUGUGUGCAUGUGUAAGCACAUAUGCAAGCUGGGGAAAGCUGUACAGACAAUUUAGUCCUGAGGAGGAGCACAGAGAAUUGCUGAGCAAUUACAUACAACACAACUCUAAUGAUGGUGUUUCCAAAAGGAUUUUUUUAUUUUCCUUGGGAAUCAGGAUCUUCCAGAGAUGGAGGUGUGAUAUGGCUCGAUUGAUUCUGCCAGAAACAGUGGGUGCAUGAGUCAGAGCUAGGACAGAAAGGCCAGGUCCCUCGUGCUGUGAUGUGGUUCACCUUUAGCCAAAAGCACCUUAUGGGUACAUGGAGCCCUACAGGGAGCACUGGGCCAACCUGGAGCCAGACAAGACCCAACAAGGCAGGACGGAGAAGGAGGCCUGCUGAUGCCCACCCCCCAAACACUCACUCUCCCCAGGAGAAGGCUCCAGAUGAAGUUGCUUCCCCUCUGAGGGGUGAACAAGCAGCCUGGAGUCAGCAAAGACCUAGCAGGUUCGGACCGAUUCCCACAAGCCCAACCCCAGCUCUGCAAGUGCUCCAGGGGGUGAAACACUGGAAACUUCUGGGGGGAGCUCCACCCACAGGCCCAGCAGGUGGCCCUCCGUGACUGACUCAGAGUGGUCAGCUCCACUCCAACCUAACUUGCAUUUCUGUUUGAGACAAAAACCACCACUGGCAAAUGCAGGUGGCUCUGGAGGUGAAAAGACCCUCCCUCCCUGCCCCCCAGAGCCCCUGGCAUGGUGUAUAUGUCCAGAAGAUGCCGCGUGGGCGGGGUAUUCACAGGCUGGAUGCGAAAAUUCAAUCAUGAAGUUAACCAAGCCUCAAAAGAGCAGUGACCUAGAGUUCCUUUAUCUCUAUUUAUUUUACCAAAAUGAGAAUUGAAAAAGACUUUGACAAAAUGUGGAAUUGUAAAAUGUGAAACUAUGAGCAAUGACAAACAAUAAAUAGUUAAAA